AGCGCGGGCUUGCUCGUGUUACCUUUACUCUGGAAAGCCUGGAGCAGCAUGUGAUUGUGUGCAUGUGCUGGGCGUCUUCAGGGUUCUGCCUCUGACCUCUGAGUGAGCGUGAUUAAAAGAGGAAGUCGACCUUGUGGUGAUGCUUCUGUAGCGCAAUCAGAGAGAGAUCCAUUAACCGAGAAACAUGCAGGCCCAGGAGCUGUUGAAGCAGCUGCGUGUGCCUGAGCUGGCAGAGAUGAGGGAUUACCUCCGCAGCUUGUCCACCGGUACGCUCGUGGGCAUGGGAGCCUUCGCUGCACUCACCACCUACUGGUACACAACUCGACCAAAAGCGCUCAAACCACUGUGUGACCUGCGCAUGCAGUCCGUUGAGGUGCCGGGAGGAGAGUUCGCCCGGCGCUCAGUGUUAGUGGACGCCGACAAGCUCCUGUCUUUUUACUACGAUGAUGCUACAACCAUGUACGAGGUCUUCACCAGAGGCCUACGGGUAUCGAAUAACGGACCUUGUUUAGGCUCCAGAAAGCCAAAGCAGCCGUAUGAGUGGCUGUCCUAUUCAGAGGUUGCGGAGAGAGCCGAGAACCUGGGCUCAGCGCUGCUACACAAAGGUCACUCCAAAGUCAAAGACCAGUACAUCGGCAUCUUCGCCCAGAACAGACCCGAGUGGACCAUCUCAGAGCUGGCUUGCUACACAUACUCACUGGUGUCAGUGCCUCUGUACGACACACUGGGGACCGAAGCCAUCGACUACAUCAUCGAAAAAACCGGCAUCACCACAGUGGUGUGUGACUUACCGGCAAAGGCUCGUCUUCUGCUUGACUGCGUGGCUGCCAGACAGCACUCGCUGAAAACCAUGAUCCUGAUGGAGGACUUUGACUCGGAGUUGGUGGCCCAGGCACAGAAAUGCGGCGUGGAGUUAAUCAGCCUGAAAGAUGCAGAGGCGCUUGGGAAAGCCCAUCGGCAGCAGCCUGCACCUCCUAAGGCUGAUGACAUUGCUAUUAUUUGCUUCACUAGUGGAACGACAGGAAACCCCAAAGGGGCGAUGCUCACCCAUAGAAACAUUUUGUCCAACGUUUCUGCAUUUACCAAGAUAACAGAGACCAGCUGUCCUUUAAGCCCCAGUGACUCUCACAUCUCGUACUUACCUCUUGCGCACAUGUUUGAGCGAGUGGUGCAGGGGGUGAUGCUGAUCCACGGGGGUCGCAUCGGCUUUUUCAAAGGAGAUAUCCGCUGUCUCAUGGAUGACCUCAUCACCCUGAAGCCCACCGUGUUUCCCGUAGUGCCUCGUCUGCUCAACCGAAUGAUCGAUAAGAUCUACGGCCAGGCCAACACCCCUCUGAAGAAGUGGAUCUUGGAAUUCGCCUUCAGGAGGAAAGAGGCUGAGAUGAUGAGUGGUGUUAUGAGGAGAAACAGUCUGUGGGAUAAAAUCAUCUUUAAGAAAGUUCAGGCCAGCGUUGGAGGCAAAGUGCGCAUGAUGCUGACUGGUGCCGCUCCUGUGUCCGCUCCUGUACUGACGUUCCUGCGUGCAGCUCUGGGAUGCCAGUUUUAUGAAGGCUACGGCCAGACCGAGUGCACAGCUGGCUGCGCGGUCACGUUAUCAGGAGACUGGACAGCAGGUCACGUCGGACCUCCUCUGCCAUGUAACCUUGUGAAGCUGGUGGAUGUUGCUGAUAUGAAUUAUCUGGCGGUGAAUGGGGAAGGAGAGGUGUGUGUGAAAGGGCCCAAUGUGUUUAAGGGAUAUCUAAAAGACCCAGAGAAGACCGAGGAGGCCAUCGACAAGGACGGCUGGCUCCACACAGGAGACAUUGGCAGGUGGCAGCCGAAUGGCACUCUGAAGAUAGUGGACCGUAAGAAGCACAUCUUUAAGCUGGCACAGGGAGAGUACAUAGCCCCGGAGAAGAUCGAGAACAUUUACAUCCGGAGUGAAGCCGUGGCUCAGGCUUUUGUUCAUGGAGACAGCCUGCAGGCCUGCCUGGUGGCCAUCAUUGUGCCUGACCCGGAUUACCUGCCUGGCUGGGCUAAGAAGAAGGGAUUUCACGGCUCCUAUGAGGAACUCUGCAGGAGCACGGAAGUGAAAAAUGCCAUAUUGGAGGGCAUUGUUAAACUGGGCAAGGAAAGUGGACUGAAGUCUUUCGAACAGGUGAAGGAUAUCGUUUUGCACACAGAGAUGUUCUCGAUCCAGAACGGCCUCCUGACCCCAACACUUAAAGCCAAGCGCGCCGAGCUCCGGAACCAUUUCAGACAGCAGAUCGAUCAGCUUUACUCCAAGAUCCACAUGUGAAAACGGAUAAAUCCAGAACAGAUUUGGAUGAAGGAAUGCUGACAUAACACUUACCGUCCUGUUAAUAGUUUCACUCAUUGUAAGCUACAUAGUGACAUUUUGAGUGAAGUUCUGGAAGAUCUUCCAAACCGAACUGUGCCUUAUCCAAGUAAAAUGUCUUUAUAUGUAUAUAAAUAUCUAUAUAUAUGCAUAGGAAUGAAGAGAACACAUCAUCGUAGGUUUUAUCCUUCAGGACUUUAAAGCUCAGGUCUGACAUCUCAGAUGCCCUCUGUAUGCUGCAAUAGGUCCAGAGCCGAUUCACCCAGGGGAUCUGCAGUGACCUUGGGUUUUUUUGUUUUUUUUUGUUGUUGUUUUUAAGUUAAAAAGGCUUUACCUUUUUCAAAGUAGUUGCCAAAGAGGCUGCUUGAGUGCUACACUGUGCCAGUACAAAUGCUUCUACCUCCCGCUCUAUAGAGGCUCAGACUGAUUUCUGUAUAGCUAAGACAGAUAAGUAUAAAUAAGCUUUUGAGCUUUGGCGCUAUAGUAUAUAGAACAGACUUACCUGAUUUAAGUAGCAAUCUGCCUUUUUUUUUUUGUCAUAUGAGAAACACACUCACGAUUCAAGACAUCAUCUUGUAGCUAUUCGUUAAAUAGAGCCAAGUUCCGUACAUUAAACCAGCGAAGACGUGCAACUAAUUCUGCACACUAUAAUUUUAAAUGGUUGAGCUGAUAUACAGUAGGCUGUAGCCGCACAUGCACCGAGUUAGAAAGAAAAAGCACUCUGCGUAGUUCAGUCUGACAGUGACUCUUGACUUGUACGCCCAUUUUAUUGCGCUGUUGUGUAAUUUGAAAAAACACAUUUCACACUUCUUUUUUCUUUUUUUUUAAAAUAUGCAUUUGCAGCAUAGACAGUAUAAGAUGAUCACCGAUAGAAUGUGCGAUAAGUUGCCCAGUGCAGCUGAGAAUAUAAUUAAAAAUCUGUUUCAUUUUUUUCCAAGGCAAGUUUAGGGCCGGUUGUUUGAAUUUGGUCAUUAAAUAUAAAUAUAUAUUAUUCUAUAAUCUGUAAUCAGUCAUUCUAUAAUAUAGGGUACAUUUCACAUAUGUUAAAAAAAAAUUUUUUUUUACAUUUUUGUUUUUUUAAGGUUAACGUUGGUUUCACUACUCAGUUUGUCAGCUGUUACUAACAGAACUUCAUCCUGCAACUCGAAAAUUUGAUCUGACCCUAUGCCAAGUGACCAACAUCAAAUGAUGUCAUGUUCUACUGUGGCAUGCACUUUGAUCACUUGAUGCUGUGUUUCUCUCUGCUUCUCCAAAUAUAAUAAUCCCUUUCUUGCAGGAUCAGCAUCUUGACUAGCUCAGUGAAGAAUGACAUCAUUUGAUGCAGGUCACUUGGCACCAAACUGGGACAAAUCAUUUUUGAGUUGUUAGUAACUUCCAGUAGUUGGCAUAACUUUGGUGGACAUUACUAGAUUAAUAUAUUUAAAUUAUUUGAAUGAAAAUCAUUUCAUUUUAUUUGGUUUACUCUUUAAAAUUCGUAUAAGAGUUGAAGUCUAAUCAUUUUGAAACUAAACUAGAGAUUGGGGUGGGGGGGUCGAUUCUGUUGCAUCUGGCGAUUUUUGUAUCGUCACACUGACUGACUUUUGAAUCUGUUGUUUCAUGAUUUUUCUUUUGAACCUUUGCUAUUCUUACAGAAUAUAAUUCUACAUGCGGUGUGCUCUACACUAUUCACACAUUGGCAGGCAGCACAGCAUCUCAUGUGGUACAAUGGAAUUAUUUGCUCGGUUUGUUUAGGAUUGUAACAAAAUCUAAAGUGAUUAUCGAGAUACUAACAGAAUUCGCAAUACAGAUCAAAUCGCCACCUAGGUAUUGUGAUCGUUUCGUAUUGUAUCGGCCGGUCACUGGUGAUUCCCAUGUUUAUAAGAAACCCUCAGUUUUAUAGGAUGCAGAUAAUGCCUGUGUGAUAUCCUAUGGAUAAAAUAGGAUAAAAUAUGAUAUUU